AUGAUGGACCUUUUCGAGACCAACGCGUACUUCUUCAAUGAUCUGCGCUUCCUCGGAGGAGAUAAUGGACCACUGCAGACCCUGGAAAUGUCGGCCGAAUCUCCUCUGUACAGGACCAGCGACAGCCCUGCGUCGCCGGGGCCGGAUCGGGUUCCAUCAGAGACCGGAUGCGACAGCAGCGGCGAGGAGCAUGUCCUGGCACCGCCUGGGUUUCAGCAGCACUGCGCUGGUCAGUGCCUCGUCUGGGCCUGCAAGAUCUGCAAGAGAAAGUCCGCCCCGACAGACAGGCGUAAGGCGGCCACGCUCCGCGAGAGGAGGCGUCUCAAGAAGAUCAACGAAGCUUUUGAGGCUUUAAAGAAGAAGACUGUGCCCAAUCCCACUCAGCGGCUGCCCAAAGUGGAGAUUUUACGCAGCGCUAUCAAUUACAUUGAGAAACUACAGGACCUGUUGCAGUCGCUGGAUGAGCAGGAGAAAAUACAGGCAAAUGGUCCAUUGCAUUAUAACUCAAAAGACCAACAUGUGCCAAGCACAGAGCACUUGGGGAGUAAGACGUAUCGUAUCUGGCCGAACAUUAACGAUCAUUCCAGUGUACCCGUGAUGAAUCAAAGGGAAGGAGUUGCGGAGUCCUCGGCUUCAAGCAGUCUUCGCCGCCUCUCCUCUAUCGUGGACAGUAUUUCAAACGAAGAACCAGCAGCAAAUUAUAGUGAAGGUGCCGCACAAAAGUAGACGGCAGGCUUUGCUGUGCGGGC